CCCGAGGGUUGCGAUGCCGAAGCAGUGCCUUGCAGAUGGAACUUGCUGACCAGAGAUUUGACUGAUGAUGGUAUCACAAAGAAGGAACAGAAGAGGCAAUCCAGAGCCAACAGCUCUCCAGAUCCGCCAGAGAAGAAGAAAAAGAUCGGGGCGGAGCAAAACAAAAAGAAGAUGGAUCAGGACGAAGCCAGACAAUUGAAGCUCGUUGAGGAAGCCAAGAAAGCGAAGAUCGCCUACAAAAUGCACUGUGGAGUCGGUAAGGAAAUCUUUGGACCAAUGGACGGAGCGUCAGUAGUUGCCACAACAGAUAGCGGUUACAAGGCUUUGAGGAAGAGACAUGCUUUGAUUCCAAAGCUAUUCUUGGAUGUUGUUAAGAGUCCAAGCACAGGAAAAAACAUCUUGCCCGAAGGCCCGGUCGUGUGUUUCUUUCACCCGUCACAGACGAAGAGAAGCGCAAUCCACCUCUAG